AUGCCAACAAGAAGUUACGACUUGGAAAUAUCGAUGGAUACUACACCUCCAAACGCCGUUGUGAUACGAGGCAACGCCGACCGGGAACCCGGGGAACAUCGCAACAAUAGGCGGAAUAGGGGGACGGUUGCUUUUUGGUGCGGUAUCGCCUCACUCAUCUUGGCAGUUGCGCUUAUUGCAACUUUAAUCUGCGUGUACAGAAGGAGGGUCGACGAUGAAGAUAUAUCGUUGCCAUUUGUGCCGCAUAACAUGCCUGAUAUGGAUGAGGUAGUACAUGAACACCAGCAUAUAGUGCACCAAAAAAAGAAAGUAGUGCAUGAAAUAGACUGGAUGAUACCUGAAAAAAAGAAACUUGGGCCUGAGCUACCAGAUAUCAUUCAUGGACAAGUACGCGCAAGAUCUGAGGGUUCGUUAGAAUCACCACGUAAUAACCACAAUUACAGUGCACUGAUUCAUCAAAUCAAGGCAAAUGGGCUAGAGGUUAUUCCCGGCCCUUUUCUCGCCUGUGUGAAAAGAGGGUUGAAGCUCAACUGUGCCGACGAGCACGACACAAUCAAGGGUGUGCUGGAGUGGGAGGUAGGAGCCAUAGUCAAUGAACUGUCAGAGCGCAGGGAGAAGCUUGACGCCAAGAACGAGGUUGACGUUCUUUUAGCCUACAAAAGGUUUAUCACUGUUAACGGCUCACAUUACGCAAGUGAUAAAGAAUACGUUCAGAAGUAUUUCAAUUUCAGAAAUACAAAAAAACUUAUUGACGCUCAUAACUCCAUCCCGAACAAGCUUUAUACCAUGGCUUACUCUUGGGCAUCCGAGUAUUCUGAUUCAGAGCUUGGCAUAGCCUUAAGCACUCAUGGGUGGUCCAAACCGAUGUAUAUGUACGAGAAUGGAACCUUCAUCGACACGAGUAUGUAUUCCGGGUCCAAGAAAGUUGAUGACAGUGAUGUCAUCCACAAAGAUUGGAGGGACGUAAAUGCCAUAGGGCCCGUUGUGGACCAAGGCACGUGUGGAUCGUGUUGGGCGAUAGCGGUAGCAGGUCUUGUUGAUUCGUACCGCGCCAUCACCACUGGCGAGCGUCUGAUGCAUAGUGCGCAGCAGAUCCUAGACUGCACAUCGCAGACGUACAACUGUGUCAGAGGCGGCAGUCAAGAAAAGGCGCUUACAUAUGCCGCCACAAAGGGUCUCUGUAUUGAACCCGCAUAUCCUUACUCAGGGAAGAAGACUGCGUGCAGGGAGAGAUCGUGUGGGGAAAAGUUCCACGCUGAUAACAUUAUAAGGCUCGACGCCAGCACGAUAGAAGAGCACCUGAGAAAGCACGGGCCUGUAAUGAUCAUCAUGAGACUCAGUAGAGCUUUUUUGCACUACAGCUCGGGAAUCUUCGACGGCAGCUGUGAUUCCCCGCUCAUGCACUCCGUGCUUGUUGUGGGAUUCGGGGAGAACAUCAAGCGGAAAGCGAAGUAUUGGAUCGUCAAAAAUUCAUGGGGCAACCGUUGGGGAGAAGGCGGCUAUUUCAAGCUUCACAGCUUGCCCCUUUCGCCGUCUGGCUCACCGUUGUUCUGCGACGUCGAUACUUAUGCGUUUGGUCUGACUACCGAUUAG